AAAAAAUACAAACUAAAAGAGAGUGAGAGGAAGAAACAAAAACUAAUCAUUGGUGGACAAAUUUUUACGAGGAAAAGACCUAGUGUGUGUUGGACUAUAUAUUGCAUAAAGAGAUAAGAAUUUGGUCAAAAACUUUGGACGCCUUCGGCUCUCUCAAUUUCGCCAUCAACAGUUGCUCCUUUCUUUAAAUACGGUGUCCGAGAGAACCCUUCUUUCAUUUCAUAAGUCAAAGAACUGAAAAAAAAAAAAAAGACUUCAUUGUACCCUUUAUCAAUUCCCAUUACUUCUCUCUUUAUUUUCUCUGUAACAAUAUUCAUAGUCAUUUCCUUUCAAUGGAGCACCUAAUGGGACUUCUCAGAGUUCACGUCAACAGAGGGGUUGACCUGGCCAUAAGAGAUGUCAGAAGUAGUGACCCUUAUGUUGUGAUCAGAAUGGGCAAGCAGAAGUUGAAGACUCGUGUGGUGAAGAAUUGUGUGAACCCCGAAUGGAAUGAAGAUUUAACUCUCUCAAUUGCAGAUCCAACUCUUCCAGUCAAGCUUUUCGUGUAUGACAAGGACACAUUUUCUAUGGAUGACAAAAUGGGAGACGCCGAGUUUGACAUUGGGCCAUUUGUUGAGGCUCUAAGGAUGCGUUUGGCAGGCCUACCAAGUGGAACCAUCAUCACUAAAGUCCAACCAAGUAGACAAAACUGCCUAUCUGAAGAAAGCUCCAUAAUUUGGAGUGACGGCAAACUCAUUCAGAACCUUUGUCUCCGACUUAAAAAUGUCGAGAGUGGGGAGGUGGAACUCCAGCUUGAGUGGGUUAAUAUUCCUGGUUCGAGGGGUAUCUGAAAAUUUGUCUUCUCUUUACUUACUCAAAGCUUCAUUGAGGAUAGUGUAUAGUACUUGAAAUAUAUUUCAAAGAAGAAAAAACGGAUAGUUUUGUUGCCCAAUAAAGUGGCAACUGCUUAAUUUACCUGCAAGAAACUAAAAGAAGCUAUUUCCUUUAAAUGAUGUUAGCCAUAAAAUAAUAGUUUGAGGUUUUUAAUUAUUUUCA